CCGUCCUCCCCUACCUUCAAAGGCUAAACAAUCACUGCAACACAUUACAACCCUUCAGUUUCAGGCGUCGACUUCACAACUUAAACCAUGAUUCCAGGUGAGCUCACAGGACUCCGCUACCUAGCACCAGAAAACCCAAUCCUGAUUCCAGCCAACCUUGGCAUGAUGCAAAAUACUAUACCAGAUUUUCAUUUCAAUAGAUUCUUGAGCAACCUACCCAUUUCCCACAUCCCACUACCUGCUCAUGAAUUCACUACACAGUCUUCAAGUAUCAGCAAUCAUUCAACUUCAGACGAGGCUGAGGAGCUCCAGCUCAGCAUCAUCGAUGAGAGGAAACAACGAAGAAUGAUAUCUAAUAGAGAAUCUGCUCGUAGGUCGAGGAUGCGGAAACAGAAGCACCUGGAUGAACUUUGGUCACAGGUGAUUAGGCUUCGCAACGAGAACCACAGUCUCAUAGACAAAUUGAAUCAUGUAUCAGAGUGCCAUGACCGAGUUCUUCAAGAAAAUGAAAGGCUCAAGGAAGAAGCCUCCGAUCUUCGCGAAAUGCUGACUGACCUAAAAAUUGGUAGUCCUUAUUCUCUUGCUUUGAGAGAGCUGGAAGACGUUCCCUGCAACACUGCUCACCUGAGAGCUGAGUCAACAAACCAAUCUAUUGCUAACUCCGUAGACUUGCUUCAUUGAGAUGAGAGCUAUUUUGCCAUAUAUAACUAUUCUGCGUUCCUCAGUUUGCUACGGUUAUUAAUCAAGCUUUUGGCUUAGUUUGAGCUGUUUGAGAUUAGAAUCAAACCAUGCAAUAACAUCUUUUGAUCAUUUUAUCCUAACUCAGGUUAAUGGU